CGUUUUCACUUUUCAGAUUUGUUUUGGCAUAACUCGAAGCUAGUCAUUAAUACAUUUGUUGCCCAAAAUGUUGAAGGCGCGUUGGACACUUUGGCCACGGCUCCAGUUAUUACGAAGAUGCUCUUACACGUCAGUAGGGCAACCGAGGGAGGCAAAUCUUGAAAUUCACGAUCCUUUACAGGCAAGUGCUCUUAAUGAGAAAUGCAUCUUAGUGGAUGAGAACGACAAGGCCAUUGGGGCUGCAUCUAAGGCUGACUGCCAUCGAGUACAUCCGGAGACUGGAGACGUUAAGUUGCAUCGAGCCUUCAGCGUUUUCCUUUUCAACAGUCAAGGAGAUAUGCUGGUGCAACGCCGCUCAGUGCAUAAAAUAACAUUUCCUGACACUUACACGAACGCGUGCUGCAGUCAUCCUUUGCAUGACAUAGAGCAGGAGCGACAAGAGUCCAACGCCUUGGGCAUACGCUUGGCAGCCCAGCGACGACUCAAUUUUGAAUUGGGCAUACCAACACAUGAGAUUCAGCCCGAACACUUUCACUUUUUGACUCGCAUACAUUAUGCCAACACAGGCGAUGGUGUGUGGGGUGAGCAUGAGAUUGACUAUAUCCUUUUCCUGCAGAAGGACGUCACACUCAAGCCCAAUGCUAAUGAGGUAAGCGAAGUGCGCUAUGUGAAGCGCCAAAAAAUUGACGAUGCUAUCGCCAAAUUGGACGCUCCAUUGACCCCAUGGUUUGAUCUUAUACUGCAUCACCGACUCAAACAAUGGUGGGAUAAUUUGCAUAGACUCAAACAGUUCGAAGAUUUACACAACAUACAUCGUUUUUAAGAGCAAAUAAUACAUAGCGCUGCAUUCAGCGCGAAGGCAAACCAAAAAUAUUUGUGAAACCUCAUUUAAAUUCGAUAUAUCUUUAUUCAAAUGGAAAUUGGUGUGAGUGCGCGUGUAUAUAUGUAUAUGGGUAUGUGAGUGUGAGCACAAAGCUCUUUUCAUGCACCUCGGUUAGAGUUAGUUCAUCAGUUCAGUUUUAUAUAUAUAAUAUAUAAAUGUAUAACAAAAUAUAGUGUAUGUAUGCAUAUGCAUAGCAAUAACUUAUUGUUUUUAUAAUGUUGGAUAUUAUAUAAAUAUUAAGCUCUUAAAUGAUCACAUCACGUUUACCAUAAUCAUCAAUCUUCUCGAAUCGCACAGUCAGCGAGCCUCUUAGGCCCACAACGAACAACAAAAAAA